AGCAGAGAAGAAGCAGCAGCAGCGCUCUGCGUUACAAAGAGAAACAGGAGCUGAUCUGCUGAAGAAAGAACUGACCUCCUGUAACAAGUUUUCUUCUGCUACUGGUGUUCACUUUCCUGCUUAAUUUACCUGCACAAAAACAUACAGUAGCACCACCAUAAGGAACACAUCACAAUGUUAACAUUAGAAAAGAUUAAAUGUGAGGACAUGGUGUCCAGAAGUUUUAGUACUCAGACAUCCUCAUUUUGUGGAAAGAGUUUUACUUUACAGACUGAUCUCCAAAGACACCAGUGCAUUCAUACAGGAGAAAAACCGUAUCACUGCUCAGAGUGUGGGAAGAGUUUUACUGCAAAGAGAAGUCUCCAAAUACACCAGCGCAUUCACACAGGAGAGAAACCAUAUCACUGCUCAGAGUGUGGAAUGUGUUACAUUAGACAGAGUGAUCUUCAAACACACCAACGUAUUCACACAGGAGAGAAACCGUAUCACUGCUCAGAGUGUGGACAGAGUUUUAGAGAAAGUGGUACCCUCAAGAAACACCAGCGUAUUCACACUGGAGAAAAACCAUAUGACUGCUUUGAGUGUGGAAAGAGUUUUAGUAGACUGAGUAGUCUCCAAAGACAUCAGCUUAUUCACACAGGAGAGAAACCAUAUCAGUGCUCAGAGUGUGGAAAGAGCUUUAAUAGACAGAGUAAUCUCCAAAUACACCAGCGCAUUCACACAGGAGAGAAACCAUAUUUCUGUUCAGUGUGUGGAAAGAGCUUUACUGUACUGAGUCACUUCCAAAGACACCAGCGUAUUCACACAGGAGAAAAACCGUAUCACUGCUCAGAGUGUGGAAAGAGUUUUACUGUACUGGGUCAUCUCCAACGUCACCAGCACAUUCACACAGGCAAGAAAUUGUAUACCUGCUCUGACUAUGGACAGAGUUUUAAUCAACAGAUUAAUCUCUUAACACACCAGCACAUUCACACAGGAGAGAAACCGUAUCACUGCUCAGAAUUUGGACAGAAUUUUACAGGGAAUGGUUCCCUCAAGAAACAGCAGCGCAUUCACACGGGAGAGAAACCAUAUCACUGCUCAGAGUGUGGAAAACGUUAUAAUAGACAGAGUGAUCUUCAAAUACACCAACGCAUUCACACUGGAGAGAAACCCUAUCACUGCUCAGAGUGUGGAAAACGUUAUUGUAGACAGAGUGAUCUUCAAAUACACCAACGCAUUCACACUGGAGAGAAACCCUAUCACUGUUCAGAGUGUGGACAGAGUUUUACGGAAAGCGGUUCCCUCAAGAAACACCAGCGCAUUCACACAGGAGAAAAACCCUAUCACUGUUCAGAGUGUGGACAGAGUUUUAGGCAAAGUGGUUCCCUCAAGAAUCACCAGCGAGUUCACACAGGAGAGAAACCAUAUCACUGCUUAGAGUGCGGACAGAGUUUUAGAGAAAGCGGUACCUUCAGGAAACACCAGCGUGUUCACACAGGAGUGAAACCAUAUCAUUGCUCAGAGUGUGGACAGAGUUUUACACAAAGUGGAUCCCUCAAGAAUCACCAGCGCAUUCACACUGGAGAGAAACCGUAUCACUGCUCAGAGUGUGGAAAGAGUUUUAGAGAUAGUAGUAACCUCAAGAAACACCAGCGCCUUCAUAUAAGAGAGAAUCCUGAUCACUGCUCAGAGGGAAAAGCUUCCGAAGUUCAAAUUUAAAGACAAAUGCAUGAAAAGAGAGAUUUGAGAACUGAAGAGACCUGUUCGACCUGUUACCAGCUCUGUAAGAAGGCGUCUUGAUCCAUCCAAGCCUCUUCCCAGACACACAGCGUCAAGUGAUUCAACUCAGGAAAAAUAAAAUGCAUCCACCAAUCAGCAAGCUGUUCAAGCCCAAGCAGACAAACAGAAGCUGCAGUUUCAUCUUCUGUGUAUAAAAAGAAAUAAAAAGCCACAACCAGCUCUGCUGUACUGAGUGAGAAGAAAAUGGUCCUGACUGAACCUCCAUCUGAACUUCACAGUGCUACUCCCUCUGAGGACAUGAGGAUAAGGUGGGAGGACGGAGGAAUCAACACCAAAGAUGCUUUCCAAAUGAGAUGGCCUUCACUCAGUUUUCACUUUAAUCACCUGUUAUGUACCUGAUACUUUCACAUGAGUAGCCUUGCUGAAAUUCACACAUUUACAGUACCCCUCCUUUACAGUGCCAUCCAGAAAUACAUGCACAUGCUCAAAACAGGCUAUGAAAAAAUCUUUUGCUAAAAUCUGCUCUCAAGAACCAACACACCCAAGCACCUACAGUAUGUCAUAUUUAUUUCAUGAUAAGAUUUAGUUUUCACUUUCAAUCUAUGUACUUUAAAUAAAGAUGAGACUUUUGCUAAUAUUUGAGUGAAAGAACAAAAGGAUAAGUAAUAAUGUUUGCAACCUGUUUUGAUCAUGUGUACUGGGGUGCCACUAUUUGUGCACUGUAACUAUAGUCUUCAAGACAAGAUUAUUACAGUAAAAUUAGAGUACUCCAGACUUGUCUGCCUUAGACAUACAUGUCCUUGUUCUGAAAACAUCCUCUCCCCUCAAUUCCUCUGAAUGUAAUCAAAGAAUUUACACAUGCUCAAAAAUGGUGGAUUUUACAGCUUCCAGCUUACCGGCUGAAGGACGGAGCAGAAAGGACUCUAGGAGGCACCAGUGUGAUAGCAGCUGUUACUGAAGAGACCUUGUCCGUUCAUUAUGGCAGGGAAUUCCCAUCUCCCAUAUCAUACUGAAAAGCACCUAAUAUACCAAGAAGUUAUUUUAAAGGUCUCCAACUGCACUCAGCCAGCCAUAAAGUAACCCCCCUGGACAGUGAACCAUGUAGGAGGGACCCCUUCCCCACAGUAUGACCCUUUUCUUGACCUGUGCUAAAGUACAGACUGGUUUAUGACCAAACCAACAAUUGGAAUGCAAAGACACACAGUAUUUAAUGGGAAAACCACAAAAAUCACAGUUUGACACUUUUCUAUUUACAGCAUUGAAAUAGAAAUUUCACAGGGCAUUCAUGAUGUCAUUUGUUGUUUGUGUGCUGAUGUCAUUUUGUGUAAAUACAUAAUUCAUUCUUUUACCUGAAUUGAAUGUGACCUAUACAAAACAUGUAUCAAAUGUAAAGUUGAAACACUGGGGUGACUUUCAAAGUUAUGAGUCACAACUAGCGCAGUAUGCACAACACUACAUAGUAAUUAUAUGACAGUGUGAGCGAUGAAAUGGGAAUGCUAGCCCAAACACCUUCCAACCACAAUUAGGAACUAACAGCAUUAAGGUUAUAAAAAGGUUCAAUCUAUUUAACCUUUCUAUAACUGACAAAAGUACAAAGAACAGCUUUCCAAUGUUAAAAGUAUAGUAUUUUAUAGAUAUAUGAGGAGUCUGUGGACAUUGCUGUCUGAUUUUCCUUUACAUGAUACUCCAUACAGCAGACAGAUCUGGACUGCAGGCAGGCCAGUCAAGCACACACACUUGUAGCAUGUGCAGAAUGAGGCCAGGCAUUGUCCUGCUGAAAUGACCAUGGACUUCCCAGGAAAAUACAUUGUCUUGAUGGCAGCAUGUCUCUCUAAAGUCCUAAUCUAAAGUCUGGGAGGUCCACUUUGGCACAGAGAACUCGAUGUUCAUUUUCCCAAAAAGCAAGCUGUCACUUGAACUCAUCUGUCCACAGCACACAUUUCCACAGACGUUUGGACCGUCUGAGAUGAACUCAGACCCAGAGAACUCUGCAGCAUUUCUGUGUAGAAUUGAUUUGUAGUUUUCUAUUUACCUAAUAGUUUCAAGUUGCAUUUCUUGAUGCAGUGGAGGACUGUGUAAAGGGACAACAGUUUUCCAGAGUACUCCUGAGCCCAUUUGGCAUAUUCAACAGUGGUUUCCACCCUUGCCCUGCAAGGACUGAUAUUUCUCUGGAAUUUCCUUUUUCACAAUAUUAUGUAUGGUAGAUAGUGAAAACCUAAAUUAUUUGCAAUAUUACGUAGAUAAGAUAGAUCUUUUUGAACAUUUCUCUCACAAAGUUCAGCACAAAGUGGUGAGCCAAAACCCAUUUUGCUUGCACAGCCUGAACAUUUGUUGGAUGUUCCUUGUAUACCCAGCCAUGAUAACCAACUCACCCACCCACACACCCACCCACCCAGAUAGAUAGAUUGAUAGAUGGAUAGAUUCAACCCAACCAUCUGUGUAUGACCUGCUUUUUGUAGUGAUGGCAAACCGAAGUUUUCUGAACUACUGAAACUUUCCGUAAAAAGAUUCAUUACUCGAGGCCUCAUCACCACAAGGUGUUUCAUAUAUAUUUUUUUAACAGAUUUGUUAAAUCUGUUCUCCAGUGCAUUA